AAUUUGCAUCAUUUUAAUAUAUCACUAAGCAUAAUGGACAAGAAAAAGCGACCAAAACUUUAUUUAAGGCCCAAAAGUCCUAUACUUAUGUCUACUAAUGUAAAAAUGGAACUAAUAAAACGUAAUAUUCUUUCCAUUUCAAAUAUAGAUGGCUUGAAUACAAUUUCAAAGGAAAUUCAAGAUAAAAAAGAACUUCUAGUAGAUUCUCCAAUUAUUCAUCCUACAAAAUCACUAAGUCAUUUAAAUGUAUGUAAUAAUUUACAAUCAACACCAAAUACUCAUCAUUUAAACAAACUUCAAACAGAUCCAAGAACAAUAAUGAAUCUCAGUCCAAUAGUAUCUGCAUCCCCAAGAAAAACAAAUGUGAAUAAUUGUCAAGAUUCAUUUAAGAAAAUAGAUGAUAUUUCACUGUCGAAUUUUAAUCAUAGACAGGAAUAUUAUGAGUUCGAUAAAUUAUUAAAAAAUGUUGAGCCAGUAAAAGAAUCAACUAGUGAAUGUAAGACUCAAAAUUCGUCCAUUUUACCUAUUAACAUAAAUGAAAAAGCUAAAAGAUGCUUGUUUGAAAAUGAAAAGGCUGAAAAGCAAUAUUAUAAGUUUGAUAAAUUAUUGAAAAAUGUUGAGCCAAUAAAAGAAUCAACCAGUGAAUGUAAUGCUCAAAAUUCACCCAUUUUACCUAUUAACACAAAUGAAAAAGCUAAAAGAUGCUUGUUUGAAAAUGAAAAGGCUGAAAAGCGAUAUUAUAAGUUUGAUAAAUUAUUGAAAAAUGUUGAGCCAAUAAAAGAAUCAACCAGUGAAUGUAAUGCUCAAAAUUCACCCAUUUUACCUAUUAACACAAAUGAAAAAGCUAAAAGGUGCUUGUUUGAAAAUGAAAAGACUGAUAGUGUAUCCAAUUUUAAUAAUGAUCAAGAUUCUCUUAAUAUUUCCUUAGAUAUCUUAGAAGAAGUAUGUCAGAUGUCGGAAAUUAUUGAUAAUAGUUCUCCAGAAAAUAUACAAAUAGGUAAUAAAGCUGAUAAUAAAAAAAAUAAACUGGCUGUUUUUCUUUAUGGAAAUGAUAAUUCUACAAAACUUGAUGAUACAAAAGAAGAAAAUGAAUUACUAGAAUUAGCUUUAAGCAUGGAAGAUAAUUUAUUGACUGAAAUCAAAUCAAAUAAUAAACUAUCUUUUAAAGGAGAAUUUACCUCCCUAAAUCAAUUGAAAAAUAAUAAAACUAACUUACUUAAAAAUGAUGAGUUAAAAACCUAUGAUUGUGAUUCAAAACAUAAAUUUUUAGAUUCUGAGGUAAUUAAUGAUAUUGGAAAUACGCAAAUGUGUGAAAUAGCUGAUAUUACGCAAAUGUGUGAGAUAGGUGAUAUGACAGAACCAUUAGAAUCAUUUGAUGACCAAUGGACACAGCAAUAUUAUACCAAUAAUAGUAAAAAUGUAUUUUCUUUAACUAAUGUGAAAGAUCAAAACAAUGAUUCCCUUAAUGUUAAUAAAAUUGUACCUAAUGCAGUGUUAAAAUCACCAAUAAAUGUUAUUAAACACAAAGUUAAUUUAAAAGAAAAUUAUUUAUUAGAUAACAUAGAAAACAAAUUGUAUACUAAAUCAAAUCAAUCAGCAUUAAAAAAUGACAGAGAUAAUUUUUCAACAACUACUUACCAAAACACCAAUAUAAGCUCUAGCUUAUGUAAAGGGUUUUUGACUGCUUUAGGUAAAUCUAUUAAAGUAUCAGAUGAUGCCUUACAAAAAGCUCAAUCAUUACUAAAAGAUGAAUUGGAUUAUUCCUUGACUUCUACUAAUAAUAAAAACAAUACAAAUAUUAAUGUAUGCAAUGGGUUUUCGACUGCUGGAGGUAAAUCCAUCAAUGUAUCAGAUAAAACCUUACUAAAAGCGCAAUCUUUAUUAAAAGAUGAACUAAAUUAUUCCUUGACUUCCACAAAUGAUAAAACCAUUACAAAUACUAAUGUAUGUAAUGGGUUUUCAACCGCUAGUGGUAAAUCUAUCAAAGUAUCAGAUAAAACCUUACUAAAAGCACAAUCAUUAUUAAAAGAUGAACUGGAUUAUUCCUUGACUUCAAUUAAUGAUAAAACCAUUACAAAUACUAAUGUAUUUAAUGGUUUUUCAACUGCAGGAGGUAAAUCUAUUAAAGUAUCAGAUGAUGCCUUACAAAAAGUUCGAUCUAUACUAACAGAUGAACUAGAUGAUUUAUCUACUUCUGUUAAUGACAAAACCAUCACAAAUCUUAAUAUAUGUAAAGGGUUCUCAACUGCUGGAGGUAAAUCUAUCAAGGUGUCAGAUUCAGCUAUAAAAAAAGUAGAAUACGUGUUAAAUGAUGAUUUCAGUGGAUUACAAUUAUUUAAUAAUUCUUCAGAAACAAUAGACAUUACUAUUAAUAGUAAUAAUAUUAAUGAAGGAUUAAAUAGCCCAAAAUUGGAUGUUAAUAAAAAUUCAAAAUCAAAAUUGUUAAACAUUUUAAAAAAUGAUGAAGAAAGUGCUCUUGAAGAUUUAUCAUUAAUUGAUACAAUUGAAAAAUUUGAAAGAGAUCAAAUUGAAUCAAAGCCAACUUUGAGUAAUAAACGCCCUGGUAGCCCUACUUAUGAAAUCAAUCACACAUUUAAAAGAACAGUAUAUGAUGAAAAAUGGGAAAAUGAUGCAUUAAAGACUUCAUUUGAUGUAUAUUUAUCAAAAAAAGUAAAUGGACCUAAAGUAUUAUUACCAAAAGCUGUUGACUGGAUUACACCAAAAACACAAAAUUUAAAGGUACCCAAACAUGGAUCUAACAUCGAUAUACUCAAAUUAAAUACUGACGAUGCCUUCAACUUGAAGUUAUUUUGGAAUAAUAAAUUAUCUGAUUUAUGUAAGAAUAAAAUCUAUAAUUUUCAAGAUAUAAAAACCAUUUUUUUGUCACACCAUUUUGUCAACGUUAAACUUGUUCCAAAAAAAUGGAUAGAAAAUCAUUUUAGUUUAAUAGUUUGGAAACUUGCUGCAACCCAAAUAAGUUUUCCUAAUCAUUUUGGAAACAAACUUUUAACCGCGGAAAAUAUUUUACAUCAAUUACUGUUUAGAUAUUAUAGAGAAAUUGAAAAAUGCCAAAGAUCUGCAUUAAAAAAGAUUCUUGAAAAAGAUGAAAGUGCAACUAAAAGAAUUAUACUAUGUGUUUCAAAAGUGAUUAAAACAAAUAUUGCUGAAAUCUUUAGUAUUGAAUUAACCGAUGGCUGGUAUCGUAUCCAAGGACUUAUUGAUUAUGAGAUGAAUGUACUUUUACAUAAAGGUAUUGUUAAAGUUGGUACUAAACUUAUGAUUUGCAAUGCAGAACUUAUUGGUGCCAGAGAAGGAAUUGAUCCAUUAGAUGUUCAUGAUGGUAUAAAACUUAAAAUCUCAACUAAUAGUACACGAAGAGUACGCUGGUAUACUAAAUUAGGAUUCUAUAAAAAUGCUUCAUUACCUAUACCUAUUACUUUAGAAUCAGUUUUACCACGUGGUGGAAUAAUAGGAUCCCUUUCCCUAAUAAUACUUAGAAAAUAUCCUAUGAUGUAUUUUGAAAGGAGAACAAAUUCAAAAUCUAUUUUAAGAAAUGAAAAAGCAGAAGCUAUUGAAGCAGAGAAGUAUGAAGUAUCUAAACAAAAGUCAUUAGAAAUUAUUUCAAAUAAGGUAGAAACCGAAAUGAUUUCUGAAAUGGCCUCUACAAAUAAAAAAUCAAAAAAAUGUUUUCUAAGGAUUAAAAAAGAAAACGUAGAUGAAUUAAGUAUAGAGGAGUUAAGUAAUUUGAUUGAAAAUUCCAUAGACCCUAUAGAAAUUCAAUCAUUGCUUAGUCAAGAAAAACUAGAUGCUAUUAAUAAUUUUAAAAAAUCUGAGCAAGAAAGAUUUUAUAAUGAACUUCAAAAAAGAGUAAAUAAAAUUUUUAAUGAUCAAUUUAAGAAUGAUCGUAAAGUUAUUCCUCUGUUUAAGUUACGGGUAGUUGAUGAAAAAUAUGCUUCUACUGGUUUAAAAUCUGCUAUACUUUCUAUAUGGAAUCCAUCAGAAGACGUCUCUACAAUUCUAAACAAAUCUUGUGAAGGCCAAUAUUGUAAAUUCUAUCAUCUUACUACUAAUGGAUUUAAAAAUGGCGAACUACAAAUAUCAGCAAACAAGAAUACGCGUUUUAAUUUUCAAGGAUUUAAAUCUGAAUAUGCAAAACGUGAAGUUCAAAAAAGUUUCAAAAAUAUUUGGUUGGGUACUUACUUACCAUUAUUUGGAGAAUUAGAUUUUGUUGGUAUUGUAAUUUCAAAUAUCAAUAAAAAUAUAAAUUUUUGUAAUGAAAUUUAUAUAUCUGACAAAGAAAUGAAUAUAAUAAGUAUUUUAUUUCAAGGUGAUAUUAAGGAAUAUGGAUGUGAUGAUUUGAUGUCACCAGGAAGUAUAAUAUUUGCAACCAAUAUCCAAUUUAAAGGAUUCAAUCCAAAAUCUUCUAUACCUAAAUUGUACAAUACUGAACAAUCUUCAUUUACAACUAUUCCAAAAGCCGAACACAUUUUAAAAAUAUUUAAUGAUUAUAAAAUAUUUAUGAAAAAGUCUGAAAAUCAAGAUUUUAUCAAAUGCUGCCAAAAUAAACUCAAUGAUAUUAGUAAUAAAAAUAUAGAAGUAACAAAGAUAUGCAAUAAAGAUUCAAAGUAUCAAUGCUUAAACACUUCAAAAAAUGCAUUUAAUAGGUCAUAUGGAGAACUAUCCACGACUAUAAUGAAGACAUCCAAUACAUCUCAAUCUGAAUAUUCUCCAGCUCAAAAAAGAAUAAAAAUGCUUAAUAAUUAUGGAAGACCACCUCCAUUAACUAUUGUUCACACUAAACCACCAGAUAAAAAGUUGAUGAGUCAAUUUAAAACACCCACGCGGCUGUAAGCAUUUAUGAAGAAAUGGGUUUUUAUAAGUAAAAUUAUUAUUUUUUGUUGCUAAUUUGUUUCUGUAAAUAUCCUAUUUAUUUGCUAAGAAGCAAAAAUUAUUAUUUUAAGAUAUUUGUACACUCAGUUAUUACACAAAUAUAUUUAUUCAUAUUUUUCUUUGAA